AGAAACAUUUUCUAGUCCAAUCGCCACAAGUACCAAAGGGUAAGAGUUGAGGGGGCAAUGGAGUCAUUAGCAGAUUUGGAGCGAAUCCAGACCCGAAUCCUCCAACGAAUAACAAACCUCGAGCUCUCUCUUCUUCCUACCUGCGAUUCUCCUCUCUCCGCCGCCAGUACCGCCGUCGCCGACGACACCACCACCGAGGACCGCCUGUCCUCCAUUCUCCUCGGGAAUGGCGUCAGAGAUUUCUGCUUCAAGCGCGUUGCCUCUGAUUACUAUGAUUGGCCUCUCGAAGCUCGUCGUGAUGUUCUCGGCGCUGCAUCCAUUCACCAUCUCUGCAAAAGCAUUGUUCUGGUAAAUACUCAAGCCCCAUCUAAUAUUACUGAUUGUAGUGAUCGUAACAAUUCAAAGUACUAUGUUGUAGUUGUACAGUAUACUGCUAGAUUCAAUGCUGAGACUGUGAAGAAUUUCCUAUACACACUCAACGAUGGCAAGAUACCCAAAAAGAAAUUCAACAUGAGACUUGCUCCCGAGGAGACAUCAAUCAAACUGACUGGUUUCGAACACAAUGGAGUUACGUGUGUUGGCAUGAAAACAGAUAUACCGGUGAUCUUGGAUGAAGCAAUUGCCAAACUCAACCCUGACUUCUUCUGGUUGGGAGGCGGUGAGAUUGAUCUUAAACUGGGGAUGAGGACUUCAGAAUUCAUCAAGUUUGUUAAACCUUUUAUCGUCAACUGCAGCGGUGCUUAAAUUGACCCCAUUCCUUGAAAAGCCAGUGCCAGUAGGAAACUCCUUAAAACCAGCAACUUGAUUUUUUUUUUUAAGGUUUAUCACAUGAUUGUAUUUUCUUGAUAGAUAGGUUUCAUUGGAUUUGAGUUUUGAAAUUGUAUCGAUAUUAAAUUUGUAAUGCUAUUGCUAUUUUACCAUUUCCUUGCUGGAUU